UCUCACACCUCAUCAACUACUUCAUCUGACAACUAGGUUAAUCAAUACGCUUCUGACUUUAAACAUCACUUAUCUCUUUUUUUUUACGAGGUCAUCUAAACACGGUUCAAGUUUUUAAAGUAACUGGGGUUGGAAGACUGUUGUUUGAAGGGACAUGGAGGCUGUGUUUGUACUAGUGUUGGUGAUGUUAGCAGCAGUGUCCCAUGCUACAGACGUGACCACCUGUACUGCUACUCAGAACUCAUCCCAGUGUUCUGUGUCUCUGUGUGGAACUCUGGAUCUCCAGCUGAUGACCAAUGUAAGUGGAUGUGAACUGCUGUUUAAAAAGAACCUCACUGAUGGUCCGACACUGAUAUUCUCACUGAAAAGAAACAAGGUGACCUUCAAGAGACCCACUGAAGGCAGAUCACAGUUCUUUAUGAACAACGGGACCUUUAGGUUAACCAACGUGGAGAGGGCUGAUUCUGGGAAAUACUUCUUGGAGAUCUACGAUUCCGGAGGGGAACGUUUGGGAACCAGACAAGUACAACUGGACAUUGAAGGGCUAUGUCUACCCAUGGUGCUCAUUUUAGGGUCAGUGUCAGCUGGUGGUGUCAUCCUAGCAGCGAUGCUGGUAGGCUGCUGUAUUGGGAGGAGAAGGAGAAUAUUCAACACCACAGGUUAUAACACAGCAGGUGCCCCACCCAUAAUGUGCAGAACUCAAAGGACUUCAGCCUUCAGAAUGAGGAAGGAGGCGAUCAGACCGGUGGAAUCCUAUAACGGAGAGGAGAUAGAAGUUGUGGAGGCUGCUGAGGGAGGACGGCUCAUAGUAAUGGCUGGAAUGGAGUUAAUGGAAUGUUGUGGGGAUUUUAUGCUGAUUGGCUGGUUUGCUUCUAUGAACUUUAACUCAGUAAAAUCCUUGAAAUGGUUGCAUGGCUUGGUUACCUCCUGUAAUGCCACACAGAACAUGUCGUGUUACGGAGCUCUGGGAGGAACUGUCUAUCUCCAGCUGAUGAAUGAUGCCACAGGAUCCCAUCUCACAUUCAAAAAAGACCCCACUGGUGCGAAAACAGUGAUAUUCAAAAUAAGAAAAAACAUAAUUGUCCAUGAAUUCAUUAAAGCCAGAUCAGAGUUCUUUAUCAAUAAUGGAACAUUAAAAAUAAAUAACACAGAGAGGAGUGAUUCUGCUGAAUACUCUUUAGAAAUCUUCACGUCAGAUGGACUUUACUUGGACACGAGAGGAGUACAACUGAUAAUUGAAGGAGGAUCUUAUGGCACUGCCAUAGGGUCACUAGUAGCUGUGGUCCUGGUCUUUGCAGUGGUGGUGGGAGCUUACUGUAUUCACAAGAGGAGGAACCCUCCACAGGCAUCAGAUGCUGUUGAGAGUCCUGAACUGGAAUGUGAUGACAUCACGAUUCUAAAGAAGAGGGAGAAACAAAGAGAGGUUCCAGAGGAGGUGGUGUAUGGACAGAUUGUAGUGCUGGAGGGUGCCAGACCAAACACGGAGAGAGACAGACCUGAGGGGCAGGAGGAGACUUUGUAUGCUGGAAUACAGCUUGGCCAAUGAGAGCUGCAUAUUUGAAGGGUUGGUCUUUAGAAGUGGUACUGAAGCCUUGUUUCUCCAUUUGUUACUGUAACAAAUUGGAUUAACUUUCCCAUAUUACUGUUUAUAUUUCAUGGCAUUCAAUGCUGAGGGUUUUGUACAUUAUUUACCUAAAUAAAUAUCCCAACAAAUGAACUGUC